AUGUAUAAAAAUAUGAAGAAUAAUUUAAUUAAAUCAUUACCAAAAUUACAAGUUCCUUUAUUCAAUUAUGUUAAUUAUAUACGUUAUUUCAAUAGCGCUGAAAUCGAAAUCAUGGCACAUUUAUUAUUCAACAGUGAGGAAUGGAAUCAUCAUUAUUCGACUGAACAUCAUCAUGAUGUUCAUUAUUUGAUCAAUGAACUUUGGAAGAUAUUUGUGUAUUAUUGUUCACCAAUUUCACUUAAAAAUAUUCCAUACCAAAUGAAUAUUACAUUGUUGGCGAGGUCGGGAUUAUUCUUUUCAAAACUUACCGAAUUGGAAUGUGACAAUUCAUCGAGAUAUGAUCAGGAAUUAGUAACUUCAACUUAUAAAGCUAUUGCAAAGAUUUGUAGGAAUAUUCAAAAGAUCAACGUAAAUAGAUUUGAGGUGGAUAACGAAGGUUUGGCUUAUCUCAUCAAGGUUCAAAACGGGUUAAAAGAGGUUAACAUAGUGAUGGAUGAGAAUAACUCGUAUACCAAUGUCUUUAGGGAGAUAAGAUCACAAUCUAGAUCUUUGAAUCAAUUAUCCUUUAGCGGGAUUGUGAGGUUACCAAAUGAAAUAUUUACAUCAAUGUCUAAUUUAAAAUCACUUCAUCUGAAAUUGAUUCAUGAAUGUGGGAUAAGACAUAAAAAGGAGUCGUAUGAAGUCUUACCUUUAAAUCUUAUGCGUGCUUUGGAAAAUGCAUCUCUACCAAAUCUUGAAAGGUUUAGUCUCAAGUACAAUAAUGAUAUUUCAGUUCCUUGGUUUCAACCUUUACACAUUUUUCAAAAGUUAAUUUCAACCACAAGAAAUGGUUCAUUGAGAAAGAUUGAUAUUGAAUCAAAGUUAUCCAUUUAUCCGGAUUCUCAUAUUCAUGCUUAUAUGAAAACCAUCACAACAUUUUGUCCUUCAUUAGAAUUCCUUGGGAUUUGUAAUAGAAGAAGAUAUACAAAAAUUUUAGAAUUAUUGGCUGACCAAUCCCCUGAUUCUCUUCAUAAAUUGUAUUUGAAAAAUCCCUUGUAUAUCAUAAAAUAUAACCUUUGGGAUUUUUUGGACAUGUGGAAAAAUAAUGGAAGAAGUCUUUUACAUUUAGAAUUAAUCGGCAUGAUUGAAGUAAAGGAAGAGUAUGAAGAAGUUUUUGAAAAGUUCAUUAGAAAGAAUAUUUUAUUGAAAUAUUCUGCUAUCAAAGGAAAAUCUUUUUGCAACCUCUAA